GUGACUGUCAGUUUUUCAGGCGAGAGAGAUGAGCGCGGCGGCGGAGCUGCCGACGAAAGAGGCACACAUACUUAAAGGUCACGAGGGUGCGGUUUUAGCGGCGAGGUUUAACGGCGACGGAAACUACGCUCUCACCUGCGGUAAGGAUCGAACCAUCCGCCUCUGGAACCCACACCGUGGAAUCUUAAUCAAGACCUACAAAUCCCAUGGCCGCGAAGUCCGCGACGUCCAUGUUACUUCAGACAAUGCCAAAUUUUGUUCAUGUGGUGGUGAUCGGCAAGUUUAUUACUGGGAUGUAUCAACCGGACGUGUAAUCCGUAAAUUCCGUGGUCACGAUGGAGAGGUCAAUGCAGUGAAGUUUAAUGAUUCGGCGUCUGUAGUUGUAUCAGCUGGUUUCGAUCGUUCGCUACGUGUAUGGGACUGCAGAUCUCACAGUGUUGAGCCAGUACAGAUCAUCGAUACAUUUUUGGAUACAGUCAUGUCUGUUGUUUUAACAAAGACUGAGAUUAUUGGUGGUAGUGUCGAUGGAACUGUUCGCACAUUUGACAUGCGUAUCGGUAGGGAGAUGUCGGAUAACCUAGGCCAACCGGUUAAUUGUAUAUCGAUAUCAAAUGAUGGAAACUGCGUUUUAGCUGGUUGCUUGGAUUCUACUCUGCGUCUACUUGACAGAACCACAGGAGAGCUACUCCAAGUCUAUAAAGGUCAUAUUUCUAAGUCAUUUAAAACGGAUUGUUGCCUCACGAAUUCGGAUGCACAUGUGAUUGGAGGAUCAGAGGAUGGAUUGGUUUUCUUUUGGGAUUUGGUAGAUGCAAAAGUGGUAUCGAAAUUUCGAGCUCAUGAUUUAGUGGUGACAAGCGUGAGUUACCACCCGAAAGAAGACUGUAUGUUGACUUCUUCGGUCGAUGGUACAGUUCGUGUCUGGAAAAAAUGAAGAAACACCAAAUCUGGUACAGUUUGAGACUGUUGUUCACGUCUCAAACUCACCUUUCUUGUUCUACUAUAGCUGGUUUUUUGGAGUUGAAAACCUGAAAUAUUUUGUAGAGUACUUGUAUCAUUGUAUGUGAAGAAAACCAAUUUUUGGCCUUUCAGUUUUUACUUUUUACAAUAGCCAGUUUCUUGGAAUAAUUUGUAUAUUCACUU